GUCACUGUCAUAUUAGAAGUCGUAAACAAAAAUAAAUGCAUUAAAAGAAUAAUUUAUACAUAAAUUAUUAUGGCUAAUCGAAAAAAAAGUGCAAGUACUAGUGAAUCUACUUCUGGUUCUUCAACAGAUUCCUCUAGUUCUAGUUCUUCUUCCAGCGGCUCAGGAUCGUCUUCGUCGAGUGAUUCAGAUUCUUCAAGCUCUCAGGACUCCAGCAAAGCGCAAUCAGAUGUUGACGAAGCUACCAAGAAAACCCCAGCAGCUCAAAAACAAGUUCGAAAAAGCACAGAAAACAAAACACCUACUAACAAAACUUCAGAUUCCAAAUCUGUCGCAAAAAAUAAAGUACCUACUCCUAAAAAUAAUAAACCUGCUGCUGCAAAGACUUAUUCAACAGAUGAAGAUGAUGAAAUUAAAAAGCAACCUCCAAAACGAAAGAGUAAUGUGAAGCCUAAGAGUAGUGCAACAAUUACUCCUAAGGCGUCAAUUUCUCCUCCGAAGCCAGCAGCAAAAGGAGCUGCGAAAGCAGCUGUAGCAAAAGCUAAAACUGAACAGAAGCAAGCACCGAUCAGAGGAAAAGAGCCUCCAAAAAUUCGUGCCCAAAAAGUUGCUGCCAAAAACAACACAGAUGCUAACAAGAAGAAAAGUAUUUUUUCACCUGAGAAUAGUUCAGAGUCGGAUUCUAUAAAGGAAAAAAGUCACAAGGAACACCAACCAAAAGUGAAACCAGAACCAAGGGCUAAGGCACGAACUGUGGAAAAGGUUAGGAAUGAAAAGAAGGAGGAUAAAGUUAAAUCAAAGGAGAUUGUUGAGUCUUCUGCCUCUUCGGCUGCUUCUUCAGUGUCAGGCACCAGCAGCAGCUCAGACAGUGAAAGCAGUGCCGAAUCCUCAACAAAUACAAGAAAAGUAGUGAAAAAACCAGUCAAAAAGCCUUCGGUUGUUCAUAAAGAAGGUCCCAACAGCGAAUCGGAAAAUGAAAACCCCGUAAAGAGUAAAGUGACGAGAAAACUGACCAGAUCGGCGAGUACAAGAAAAUCUAAACACGUAAUGGGCAAAAACGUUUAUUCUGAUACUGAUUCCGAUACUGAGAGCACCAAAAGGUCAUUGUCUAGAUCUCCGGUUAAGAAGGCACCAGCCGUUAGUAAAGGUAAAACUAAGAAACGGAGAGAAAGUAAACACAAGAAUAGUGAUUCCCCUGUUGAAGAGGAAAGAUGUUGCCCUCUGGAAGGUUGUGAUAGUAAUGGUCAUCUGAGUGGCAAAUUUGAGAAGCACUUCACGCUGGAAGGUUGUCCUAAAUAUCACAAUAUAUCGCUGGAUAAAUGCAAACAGUUGCUCGACGAAAGGAAGAAGCGAGAAGAAGCUCGGAAAAAAGCUCUAGAAUUUCACAAGAAAACACCACGACCGAACGCCAGUUCCGAACAAAAACAGUAUUUGCAACGGAUAAGGGACAUGAGAGCCAAAUUCAAAAUGGAAAUAAUUGAAGAUAUAAAACCGUGCGUUGAUCGCACGAAGGAACCAGAUCUUAACAACUUCGUUCCAGAGUACGAUCUAAAGUUGUUUCAAGACGCUCAAGCUUUGGCAAGCGAGUAUAUCGAGGACGAUCUGAAGAACCUUCCGAGUUCCAAAGGUACAAAAUAUAUUGAAAUGGGUAAAUUCGAGAUGGAGGUUUGGUACCAAAGUCCCUACCCAGAAGAUUACGCCAGACUCCCAAAACUCUACAUCUGCGAGUUCUGCCUUCGAUACAUGAAGUCACAUACGAUUUUACACCGUCAUAUAGUAAAGUGCGUGUGGCGCCAUCCCCCGGGCGAAGAAGUGUAUCGUAAAGACAAGAUUUCGGUGUGGGAAGUGGACGGAAAGCGGUAUAAACAGUACUGUCAAAAUUUGUGCCUUCUUGCUAAGUUUUUCUUGGACCACAAAACUUUAUACUAUGAUGUGGAGCCGUUUUUGUUUUAUGUGAUGACCAUGGUAGACAAUGAGGGAUGCCACACGGUGGGGUACUUCAGUAAGGAAAAAAAUUCGUUUCUGAACUACAACGUGUCUUGUAUCCUUACUUUACCACCUUACCAGAGACAAGGCUAUGGAAGGCUUCUUAUCGAUUUUAGCUACCUCUUGACCAGAGUAGAAGGCAAAAUCGGCUCCCCUGAAAAACCUCUUAGUGACUUAGGCUUAAUUUCAUACCGUUCCUAUUGGAAAGACGUCCUCUUGGGAUACCUCUGCUCCAGAGCUGGCACCACCUUAUCUGUCAAAGACAUCAGCCAAGAGAUGGCAAUACAUUCUUAUGACAUCGUGUCCACCUUACAAGCUCUAGGAAUGAUGAAGUAUUGGAAGGGUAAACAUAUCAUUCUGAAGAAGCAGGAUGUGCUCGACGAGUACGUGGAAAGGGUUAAGAAACGGGGGUCUCUGUUGAAAGAGGUUGACCCGACUUGUUUAAGAUGGAAUCCUCCUCAACCAGUUUCUGGUUGAAACAAAUAAAUUGAAGGGUAAUGUUUAUAGUCCAUUAAAAUGUUACAUUUUUUAGGCCGUACCUUGCAUUUCUUAGAGGAGCCAAUUUUAUUUCUUUAAUGUGUAGGGGGGAUCAGUAAUAGCUAAAGUUCAAGUUUUUGGGGUCGCCAUCCUUGUCCCCGGUCGCCAUCUUGGAAAUGGGGUGCAAAGGGGUUUCGCGCUAUAUCUCGUAAACUACCAACCCUACGGAAAAUCUAAUUAAACAUAAAAUGUAGCAAAUUUAAUUUUCCACAAUUUUGUUUCUAUUACUUUUUAUCGUCAAGUGACCAACAAAAAAGAUAUAACCAAAAAUAUGUAAAUUUUUUUUAACAAGUUUCCUUUUGGAUGUUAUAACUUUUUUUCAGUUCAUUUUAAAAUAAAAUAACAUUAUAGCAAUUUUGUAGAGGGUUUUUCAGCGAACUUCAUAUAAAAAACUUCAUAUUCGGAUUCAGCGACCUCGAAAACAUAAAAAUAGACCAAUAUUGAUCAUUCACUUUAAAUUUUGUUUUCGUGGUUGGCAUAACGGUUAAUGCCGCUCGUCUAAUAUAUAGAUAGAAAAGCAUUAUUUUUCUACGAGAAUUCAAGAAUCUGGUCAAGUUUGGAGCGCUGUAAAACCUAGAUAAUAAAUAAAAUUAAACAACUUUAUAGUAAAAAUUGUUUAUUGAAAAAUCCUCUACAAAAUCGCUAUGUUAUUUUAUUGUGAAAUGAACGUAAAAAAAGUUAUAACCUCCAAAAGGAAAUUUCUUACAAAAUUUUCUCUUAUUUUUGUUUAUAACUUUUUUGUUGGUCACUUUACGAUAAAAAGUAAUAAAUAUAAAAUUGUAGAAAAUUUAAUUUGCUUCAUUUUAUGUGAAAUUAAAUUUUCUGUAGGGUAGCUAGUUUACGAGAUACAGCGCUAAAGCCCUUUGCACCCCUUUUUCCAAGAUGGCGGCCGGGGGACAAGGGCCUCAACCCCAAAAACUUGAACUUAAGCUUCUACUGAACCCCCCUACACAUUAAAAAAAUAAAAUUGACUCCUCUAAGAAAUGCACACUAAAUGUAACAUUUCAAUGGACUAUUAAUAGAGUCAACACAAGGUUUAUGGUCACUGCCUCUAAAACAAUGAAUGGAUGUCGUGAUUUUAAAAACAUAUUUUUGUAAUUUUUAAUUUUAUAUCUUUAUAAAUGGUUGCUUUCGAUUCAAUAAGAUUAACCGUUUAGAGAACCUACGUUUUUUCUAGUCGAAUGAAUUUUUUAUAUGAAAGUUUACCCAAGUCUCUUUUAGAUAUACUUCAUCUAAUUUACUAACCGUUGCACGUCAUCCGCGUCAUAGCCUGUGACGUCACAUGGUACCAACACGAAAUAUUUAGGCGGUAGGUGUGUUCUUUUUUAGAAUCAUUUUGCCGAGUACAUUGGCAUUACAUCCACUAGACAUAUUUUAUUAUGUACGCGUAGAAAUAAUAUUUGACGAUUUCUAUUAAUGUUAACCUAAAUAAAUACACAAUAUGUUUCAUUUAAUUUGUAUAAAUGGAUUUUAUACAUUUUUAUGAAGCAGAUUUGUUCGGAACACACUGUAACUGUAAUCGAACGAAGGUGACAUUUUAGAAUAAAUUGGUAACAUUUAUUUGACAGUUGCGGUGAUGACACUUCAUAUUUGUUUAUAUUCUUUACUAUAAGUAUCUGUUUUAUUAUAUUUACUGUUUUUAUUAUUUACUUUACUAUAAAAAGAUCAUCUACUAUACGCUGUGAGCUCGUACGUAGAGGGGAUAUUUACAAAUUCGCGAACGCCAGUAGUGACAAGUUUGUAAACGUUUACCGGAAAUUUGACAUAAAUGUCAAAGUGAUUAAUUUAAAAUUAAAAUUAAAAACAUUAAUUAUAAACAAUAUUAGUUGGUCAAAGCUGUGGUAUAUAUUUUUACCUUAAAUAUACUUACGUUUUAAAUACCGAAUUUAAGUUUUUUUAAUGUUCCGUAAUAUCUAAUUAUAAAUAAUCUAUUAUAAUCUUAGCGCCAUCUACACGAUUAUUGUCAAAGUAUCCGAAGUAGGAAAUUGAUAUUAAUAGAACGUCAAAAUGAUUAGAAAAAUCUUAAAAAAAUCGAUUACAAUUUAAUUACUUUUUUGCGUUGUAAAUAUUAAGCGAUAACAAUUAAAUAAUAAAUUUAAAAAUUACCGGUAAAAGUUGAAUUAGUAACCGCUAGGAGCGACACCAGCGAAGCUCACAGCGUAUACGCUCUGAGCUUCGCUGGUGGCGCUCCUAGCGGAUUACUAAUUUAACUUUCACCGGUAAUUUUUAAAUUUAUUAGUUAAUUGUUAUCGCUUAACAUUUACAACGCAAAAAAGUAAUUAAAUUGUAAUCGAUUUUUUUAAGAUUUUGCUAAUCAUUUUGACGUUCUAUUGAUAAAAUAUGAAUUUCAUACUUCGGAUACUUUCACAAUUAUCGUGUAGAUGGCGCUAAGAUUUUUACAUUAAAUUAUAAUUACAUAUUACGGAACAUUAAAAAAAACUUAAAUUCAGUAUUUAAAACGUAAGUAUAUUUAAGGUAAAAAUAUAUAUUGUCCUUUUCAUGAUCAUUUUUCAUUGCGUAACAAAUGAUAGGAAAAAGGGUAAGUCCGUGAUAAUACACAUUUAUGACAUUUAUUCUAACAUGACAUUUUAGUUAAAUCUGACAGUUGUCACAUUUUAUUUUCAAUUUGGAAUAAAAACAAAUCAAAUGUGUUUCUUGCAUUUAUAAAAUGGUAUUUUCUUUGAUUUGUAUAGUCUUAUAAAUUAUACAGAUUAUAUUUGUAAUAUUAUUAUCUAAUUAAAAAAAAUUAUUUUUUUAUUAUGGCGCCAUCUAUCGACAACUAGAAUAACUAGAAUAAAUGUUAUAAAAAUGUCACCGACGAAAUGUAAUCACCAACAUGCCUUUUUUCCUGUCACAUACAAUUUAAUGCGUUAGAAAUAAAUCGAAAAACUGUGACGCACUGAAAGAUGAUCAUGAGAAAUACUGUACCACAGCUUUGACCAACUAAUAUUUUUUAUAAUUAAUGUUUUUAAUUUUAAUUUUAAAUUAAUCACUUUGACAUUUAUGUCAAAUUUCCGGUAAACGUUUACAGACUUGCCACUACUGGCGCUCGCGAAUUUGUAAAUAUCCCCUCUACGUACGAGCUCACAGCGUAUACGCUCUGAGCUUCGCUGAUGUCGCUCCUGGCGGAUUACUAGUUCAACUUUCACCGGUAAUUUUUAAAUUUAUUAUUUAACUGUUAUCGCUUAAUAUUUACAACGCUAAAAAGUAAUUAAACUGUAAUAGAUUUUUUUAAGAUUUUGCUAAUCAUUUUGACGUUCUAUUGAUGAAAUAUUAAUUUCUUACUUCGGAUGCUUUCACAAUUAUCGUGUAGAUGGCGCUAAGAUUAAUAGAAGAAUUUAUAAUUACAUAUUAAGGAACAUUAAAAAAACGUAAAUUCAGUAUUUAAAACGUAAGUAUAUUUAAGGUAAAAAUAUAUACCACAGCUUUGACCAACUAAUAUUUUUUAUAAUUAAUGUUUUUAAUUUUAAUUUUAAAUUAAUCACUUUGACAUUUAUGUCAAAUUUCCGGUAAACGUUUACAGACUUGUCACUACUGGCGCUCGCGAAUUUAUAAAUAUCCCCUCUACGUACGAGCAAAGCUACCGGCUUCAUGCCAAGAGUUCGGAGCCGUUUUUUAAUUAUUAACAAUGCAGUGCAAAAACGCUUGCACUGCAAAUCUUAAAAGAUUGUAACUUAAUUCUUGUUCUCUACUUCGUAAGUUUUUACUUAUUUACAUUGAAUAUUAAUUUGUUUUGUUAUAUAAUCCACGUUUACAAUAAUUAUGUGAUAUAUUUGAUUUAAAAUGGAUUCAGGUUUUUUUAUACUUUGGCAACGAUGUCAACUUAGAUCUCUGGCGUAGAUAAUGACGUGCAACGGUAAGUAAAUUAGAUGGACUGUAGUUAAUUAUAAGUAGAUGUCACAAAUUGUGCUUACUUAUACGACUUACAAGUUGUUUAUCAUGUAAACGUUUUCAUAUUUAGUCUAUUGUCUUCCUCUUCACAGUUCUUCAUCUAUUUUGUUCCAGCUCUGGUCAUCUAUUUUGUACCAGCAUGUUUCUUAAGAUCGUCAUCUGUCUCAUCUAACGUCUUCUUCUUCCUAUCUUGUUUUCCCGUGGUCUCGAAUAUAUUAUCUGUUUAUCCCAUCUUCCAUUAUUUUAUAUCUUGUCUUUAUUAUCUGUUAUCUUUCUUUUGUGAUAUGUAAGUUAUAGUUUUUUUAUCUUUAUUGUAUUAAAUGUUGAACUUAUUGCUAUAAGAAAGUACAUUGUUAUUGUUAUAGAACGAGUCAAAAUUAUAAAGUCUUGAAUCCAAUAAAAUAUAAAAUAAUAUUAAAUUGAAAACCUUAUUGGGACCAUUUUUCUGGUUACACCUCCGUGGCUUCUAAAAAAAUGCAAGCCAAACGGAUGCUGGAGCAUGAAGAUGAGGGAAUUCUUUAAUUUACAAUUCACAACUCAUCUGUCCAGCGCGGAAAAGUUCCAACGAAAAAUGGACCCUUGUACUCUGUAGGAGUAAACUAAUGAAAUUAAAAUGAAUAAACAUUUUCAUUUAGUUUCAAAAUGAAACCAAAUCCAAAGGGAGUGGUUUAAAUGCAGUUCUAUAGAACUCUUCAGAGCAGCGGUAGAUCGAGUAAAGAUAGUGAUGAUGCUAUCCAACCUCCGAUUGGGAGACGGCACUUAAAGAAGAAUAUUUGGUAUGGGUAUUCCAGUUUAUGUUAUAGACCUUUGUCAUCAUUCUCUUUGCCUUAUCCCUAUGCGGGGUCGGCUUCCCUAAUUGCAUUUCUCCACACGAUUCUAUCUUGGGUCAUAUCAAUGUUAAUCCCCUUUACCAUGUCCUGCCUUAUCGUCUCCCCCAGGUCUUCUUUGGUCUUCCUCUCCUACUCCUUCCAGGAAUCUGCACUUCAGCUAUUCUUCGUAUUGGGUGACUAACGUCUCGACGUUGAACAUGACCAAACCAUCUUAACCUAUGCUCUUUUAUUUUGGCAUCAAUUGGUGCCACGCCUAGGGCCGGUUGUUCGAACGCUAAUCAACAAUGAUCACUAUCAAAUAUUUAAUUACUGUCACCAACUGUCAAUGUCAACUUUGAUUGGGUUGCUGAAAACAUAAUUGAUUAUAAUUAUGAGAUUAGUGAAUCAAUUAACAUAACAAUUAUUAAGAUAAUUGAUUAACUAAUUUCAUAAUUGUAAUCCAUAAUUAUGUUUUCAGCAACCCAAACAAAGUUGACAUUGACAGAUGGUGACAGUAAUUAAAUAUUUGAUAAUGAUUAUUUUUGAUUAGCGUUCGAACAACCGGCCCCUAGACUUCCCCUAAUAUACUCAUUUCUAAUUUUAUCCUUCUUUGUCACUCCACUCAUCCAUCUAAGCAUUCUCAUUUCCGCCACAUGCAUUCGUUGUUCCUCUUUCUUUUUCACUGCCCAACAUUCAGUUCCGUACAUCAUAGCCGGUCUUAUGGCUGUUUUAUAGAAUUUUCCCUUCAGCUUCAUUGGAAUUUUACUGUCACACAACACACCACUCGCUUCUUUCCACUUCGUCCAUCCAGCCCUAAUUCUACUGCAUGCAUCUCCAUCUAUUUCUCCAUUGCUCUGUAAUACCCAUCCUAGGUACUUAAAACUAUUGCUUUUCACAAUCAUUUUACCAUCCAAAGAUACCAUUUUAUUUGUAGUAACUCCAUCUUUAAAAAAUGAACAUUCCAAAUACUCUGUUUUGUCCUACUAAGUUUUAAACCUUUUUCCUCCAGAGCUUGUCACCACUGUUCCAGUUUUUGUUCUAAGUCUCUUUCACUAUUUCCUAUUAACACUACAUCAUCAGCAUACAUUAGGCACCAUGGAAUACUACCCUGUAGUUUCGCUGUUAUCUGGUCCAAAACUAAUGAGAAUAAAUAAGGACUAAGCACCGAGACUUGGUGCAAUCCUACUUUCACCUGAGAUUUAUCAGUCUCACCCACACCUGUCCUAACACUAGUCGUUACUCCCUCAUACAUAUCUCUCACAAACUUUACAUAUUCACCAGGGACUCCUUUCUUAUUGAGUGCCCACCACAUAAUCUCUCGAGGAACUCUAUUAUAUGCUUUCUCAAGAUCAAUCAAUACCAUAUGAGCGUUGGUCUCUUUAUUCCUGUAUUUUUCCAUCAGUUGCCUUAAUGAAAAUUGCAUCUGUUGUUGAUCUGCCCUGCAUAAAGCCAAAUUGAUUAUAUCGGAUAUUUAAAGGCCUUUGUAUUAGAAGAAAAAAAAAACAAAACAUUUGUUUUUAAAUUUGUAAAUGAACAUAAUAAAUAAAAUUAUGGAAAAAUUGAAUUAUUUUACAAAUUGUUUUCACGUCCAUUGUUCCACGUAGCAAUUUACAUUAACAAAAGAACUUGUGAAUUUUUACCAUAUCAUAAACGUUUACGUUUUCUUUAACACAAUGUAAAAAGAAAAAAAUUUAAGUCUUCGAUUAAAAUAUUAAUGCUUAACAAUGAAUCUUUGUGAAAGCUUGCCUUUAGUAACAAUAGUUUCUGAAACCUAUUAAUUUCAAGACAACCUGAAUAUGUCUAUUUUUGUGAAAUAGGUCAUGAGCGUAUUCAGUUUAGUGUAUACCAAAAUCUAAUUAACUUUCUUGGGUUUACAGGACAGUAUUCCUACAAGAUAUUCUUCAUAUCUGUUUUCUUUUAUAUUUUUUGACAAACUUAUUCAACGAGGUUAAUCUUUAUGAAAUAUACAUCGUUAAUCAAGUACAGUCGAACCCGCUUAUUAGAAUCCCUGUUAUAGGAAUAUCCCGGUUUAUGGAAUAUAAAUUCAAGUUCCCGAAACAUUUCCAUUUACUCCUUAAUAAAUUUAUCUGUUUAUUGGAAUAGGAUCUAACUAGAUAAUACCGCUUAUUAGCAUAUUUUGCAGGUCAAAGAAUAUUUUUUUUACAAUUUACUAAAAAUUUAAAUUAUGUUUGGUAUUAUGGUUUGUCGUCAACGGCCUGUAGUGCUGGAUUAGAUAUUAUUAGGGUAAUAAAUAUUUAUUACUUUGUUACGAAUACCAAUUCGAUCUUUAGCAUGGCCGACAAAUGCAUGGGUCGUAAAAUAAUUUUUAUUUGUCUACACAAAGGCACUGUUGCCUGUUAUAAAAUUGUUAGAAGCAGUUUAUUUAGAAUUCACUCAGAGAGUACCUACUUGUUUGCAAGAUGGAAUUAUGGCUUUGUUAAAUUCGAAAAGAAGAGAAAAGAACAAGAAUGUAACAAUCCAUUUCUUGACGCCAAUAAAACUUCUAUUCAACUAAUGGAUUAAGGAUGACCACACGGAUUAACAACGAAAAAGCUAUAAUUACCAAUAAUUUCUCAAGAAAAAAAAAGUAAUUUUGUUAUACAUAUAUGCAUUUUAAUAAGAAAAUAUUUACAUAUCUACAUAUUGCAUACAUUUCAUAUUAAUUAUAUUAUAAUGUAUUCAUUCACAUACAUGUAAUGUAAUUUGGUAUUUAACACAUACAUAGAUAAGUACUAGUUACACUACUGUAUUAUUGACGUAAAAAGACCUAAAACCAUUUACAUACACUGAUUACGUAGGUACAUAUAUGAUAUACAUAUUGGCAUAGUAUGUAAAACUACACAUUAGCAUAGUAUGUAAAUAAUAUAUUACAUAUAUUCGGUAACACUUAUUUCGACUAGCCACCAAUGAUCGGUUAUUAGAAUAUCCCGGUUAUAAGAAUAUUUUUGCCUUGCACAAAGACUAUUCCAAUAAGCGGGUUCGACUGUGUAUUCAAAUGGGAAAUAAGCCACAAUUUUACCUAAAAAUGAUUUUAUUAACGUUUCGACGCCAAAGUCGGGUGUCGUUGUCAAAAUACAAAAUAAUACUAAAUAAACAAAAAUUAUUAAAAUAAAAUAAAAAAUGAGUCAGAUUAAAUAAAUUAUUAGAAGAAUUUUUUACUAAGCAACACCAUUUUUGUUUAUUUAGUAUUAUUUUGUAUUUUCACAACGACACCCGACUUGGGCGUCGAAACGUUAAUAAAAUCAUUUUUAGGUAAAAUUGUGGCUUAUUUCCCAUUUGAAUAUACUUGAUUAUAAAAAUGCCACAAGGAAAUAGCUUCAGAACAACAUAUACAUCGUUGGACGAAUACUUGGGCCUUUGUUUUUUUAGAAAUUAUUCCAAAAACAAAAUAUGUAAUAAUAUACUCCUUAACAAACCAAAAUAAAUAACCCGUCAUGUAUCAAAAUGUAACAAUUUUCAGAAAUGAUCAUUUAAAAAAUAGAUGAAUAUUAAAAAUAUCGUAAAACUUUACAUAUUUUGGCUUUGUGGUCGGUACUAGCCUGUAAAUGGUCAUAUCCCUUAUUUUCUUAAUCGUUCUGACGUGACGUUCUUCUUAAAAAAAUGUAUUCUAGGAUUAAUAAUUGGAUGUUUGGACAUAAUAUUCACUUUUGACACAAAAAUAAGAACGUUACCCCAUUGUGUAAAAAUUAAAAAAUACUGUUAUUCAGUAAUUCAGUAAAUUAUUCUCUCCAUUGUUUUUUGCAAAAGUGAACUUUAGCAUUUCCCUAAAUCCAUGACAUUUUGAUAAUCUGAAAUAAUUCCAACUGGAAUUAAUGACAUCAUCAAUUCAAUUUUUAAAUGUUAUAUUCUUUAUAUUUAUUUUUCUUAAUAUUAUGUAUGCGAGUUGCUGUGUAUACAUAGUGUGACCAACUCCAAUUUAGUUGAAUCCGGGACAAGGCUGAAAACCAAUACCCGAAAUCCGGGACUAUUCAAUGAAAAUCGAGACAUUUUUUUUUCAGUGACGAUAAUUAAAAUACAGAAACGAAAAAAGUCCACCGUUUUAGUUUUCGUAGAACUAUAAUCUUCUUCUUCUUCUUCUUCAGCCUGUUUGCAUCCACUCCUGGACAAAGGCCUCCUAUGAAUUCUCCAUUCUUCUCCGUUUUGUGCUAUUUGGUGCCAGUUUCUCCCCAUUUUUGCUUUCAUGUCGUCUAGCCAUCGUUUUUGUGGUCUUCCUCUACUACGACUGUGCUCGCGUGGUCUCCAAUUUACAAUGUUUCCCGUCCACCUUUCGAUGUUUUGUCGUGCCACGUGUCCUGCCCAGUUCCAGUUCCAUUUCAUUUGCGCAAUUCUUCCAAUUAAAUCUUCCACCUUCGUCCUUCUUCGCACUUCCUCAUUUCGGAUAUGUUUCCAGAGAGAUACCUACUCCUAACAUAGCUUAUUGACGACAACAAGGCGUUCGAUAAAGUUCGCCACGAACACCUGAUGAGACUGUUGGUAGAGAAAAACUUGGAUAAAAGGGACCUCAGAAUUAUCUUCAAUAUUUACUAUAACCAGAAGGCGAAUAUUAGAGUAGAACGGGAAACAACCGAGGAACUCGAGAUCAAAAAAGGCGUAAGGCAGGGAUGCAUACUUUCACCAACCUUGUUUAACUUAUAUUCAGAAGAUAUUAUAAACAGAGCCCUUGCUGACCAAGAUAUAGGAGUUAAAAUAAAUGGCACUUUAAUAAACAAUUUGAGAUACGCUGAUGACACAGUAUUAAUAGCAGAAACCUGCAUACUUUCACCAACCUUGUUUAACUUAUAUUCAGAAGAUAUUAUAAACAGAGCCCUUGCUGACCAAGAUAUAGGAGUUAAAAUAAAUGGCACUUUAAUAAACAAUUUGAGAUACGCUGAUGACACAGUAUUAAUAGCAGAAACCCCGGAAGAUCUCCAAACACUGAUAAACAGAAUAGUAGAGUGCAGCGAAAAGUUCGGUUUAUCACUUAACAUCAAAAAAACAAAAAUAAUGAUGGUGUCGAAAUCUCCACAAAAUUUUUCACAUAACCGUACAUCAAAGAAUUGAGUGUGUUAGAAAAUAUAAUUACCUGGGAACUGUUAUAUUAAUGAAAACAACGACAACUCUGAAGAAAUCAAGAUCAGAAUAGAAAAAGCUAGAGCUACUUUUACCAAAAUGAAAACAGUUUUAUGCGGAAGAGAGCUAAGUUUAAAUCUUAAAAUUCGCCUCAUGAGAUGUUACGUGCUGUCAGUUCUUUUCUAUGGAAUGGAAGCUUGGACACUGAAAAAGAUCGAUACAAGGAAAAUAGAAGCAUUCGAGAUGUGGAUGUACCGCAGGAUACUGAGAAUAUCGUGGACAGAGAGAGUGACAAACAUGGAAGUGUUGCGAAGGAUGCAGAAAGACAAAGAACUUGCGCUUACUAUUAAAAAGCGCAAACUGCAAUACUUGGGACAUAUAAUGAGGGGACAAAAGUACCAGCUACUACAAUUAAUUAUUCAGGGAAAAAUAAUAGGUAAAAGAUCCAUUGGCAGAAGAAAACAUUCAUGGUUGAAGAAUUUAAGAGAUUGGUACAAGUGCAGCAGCUGCCAAUUAUUUAGAUCUACGGUAUCAAAAAUACGCAUAGCCUUGAUGAUAGCCAAACUUCGGAACGAGGACGGCACCUGAAGAAGAAGAAGAAGAACAUAGCUCGUUCGAUCGGCCUCUGUGUCGUUCUCUACCUCUCUGUAAGUAUCAUCGUCUCCAUUUCAUAGGUCAUUACUGGUAGAAUAUACCUAACAACUGUUGAAUAUCCUUUUCUUUAGAUUUAUUGGUAUCUUUUUGUUUUUCAACACAUCACUGAGUCUUCCUACUGCUGUCCAGGUCACUCGGAUUCUUCUAGUUAUCUCUGCCAUUUGAUUCUGUUUGCCUAAUUUGAUCGUGUUACCUAGGUAUAUUAUAUUCUUCGACACUUUCGAUCUCACUUCCAUCUAAGUCGAUUGUGAUAUCUUGAUUUGUCAUCACUUUUGUUUUAUUUACGUUCAUUUUUAAACCGACUUUUUCAGAUUCUUGUUUUUAAGCUCAUUUAGUUAGUUAAGUUAUUUACUCGUGCAUUAGAAGAUGUGUUCAAGAAGUUAAAUUGGGAACAACGUGGAAUUAAGAUCGAUGGCAGAUUUUUAAGUCACUAAAGUUUGCCGAUGACAUAGUACCUACUCAUAAGUAACAAUACCGAAAGAACUAUAAUACCAUGAUAUAAAAUCCAUGCGUUUUGUAUGUGGUAUUAAUAUUACACUCUAGAAAUUGUCGACUUUUUUUUGUCCCAUCAAUUCAAUUUGAAAAUUCGGAUGGCCCGGAAGCCUUGUUGCGGACGCCGGGACACGACUUCAUAAUUCGGGCCAUGUCCCGGAUUUUUCGGACUAGUUGGUCACACUAUGUAUAUAUAUGAUAGGGUCGUAUCCAACUUGGUGCCAAAAAUAUGCAUUGAAAUCUAGAUACCGUAAUUUUUUGAGCAUUAUAAAGUGAGUAUAAUAUAUGUUACAGUUCAAGUUGAUUAUCCAGUUGGAGUUGACUUUUCCUAGUUCGAGUCGACUCAAACGGCUGGUUUUAGUAAAAGUUGAUUAUAAAUAUAAAAAUGAAGAUUUUUAUUCAACAUUUACUAGUAAAAGUAGACUCCAACUAGUUAAGUUAAAGUAUACUCUUCCCAAUGCCAUUUAGUAAAAGUUGAUUCACACAAACAACCGAUUCUAGAAAUUAAAUGUUAUUACUGUAUAUUAUGUUCAAAUCGUGAUAUUUAUAGUCCAGGCUGUAUCGUCGCCCCCGUUAGGUAAAUUAUUCCAGUUCGAUUUUUUUGCACAAACUUACUCAAAAAGAGGUCCUUAUAACGAAACCACAGGGUGUCAGGUGGUAUCGUAAUCGAAAAAUUGUUUAAACAAUUUUUUUUUUAACAAAUUCACAAAAAAAAUUCACUUCGAACAUUUUUUUUACAUUAUUAAUUUGGGUCAUUCGGAGCAAAAGAGGUCUUUUGUGAUUUUUGAAAAAUGCGAAAAUGACCAUUUUCAAGGCUUAAUAACUCAGUUAAAAAUUAUAAUUAUUAUGAAAGUCAGAAAGUCACCAAAUCAAAUUUUAACGACCCCCCUACAAGGUACUGAAGAAAUAUUUGUCAUUAUUGUAUUACUAAGCUGUUAUUUUUAAUUAUUAACAAUGAGCGCUAGGAGCGUAUUGAGGCGGCUGUCAAUGUGAGUGCGACUGAGAUGCACCAUGCAUUGGACGGUCGGAAUGGAGGAUCUUACUCGCACUCACAUUGACGGCCGCCUCAAUACGCAUUUAGCGCUCAUUGUUGAUCAUUAAAAAUAACAGCUUAGUAAUAAAAUAAUGACAAAAAUUUUUUCAGGAUCUUGUAGGGGGGGCUUUAAACUUUGAUUAGGUGACUUUCUGACUUUCAUAAUAAUAGUUUUUAAUCGAGUUAUUAAGCCGUAAAAAUGGUCAUUUCGCAUUUUUUAAAUUUUAAAUCGCUUAUAACUCGAAAACUAUCAAUUUUAGAGAAAAAUCACAAGAGACCUUUUUUGCUCCGAGUGACCAAAAUAAUCUAAAAAAAUUUGUCCGGAGUGAAAUACUUAGUUAUUAAAACAGUUCGUGAAGAAUGCUUUUUGCGCACGCACGCGAUGCUUAGAGCACGACAGUGGCGCACCCAGGGGGGGUUUUGGGGGUUAAAACCCCUCCCGGGGCAUGUAAAAAAUAUAAAGAAUAGUAGGAAAAUGUAACUUGUCUUUCAGAAAGAAUACAAAAAAAUUUCGGUGCCCAAGCGAAGUUAGGACAAAAAUUCCCAGGACAAAUAAUCUCAGACAAAAAAUCUCCACAAAUUAUCCCUGGACAAAAGUCCCAGACAAAAAAUCCCCGGACAAAUAAUUCCCGUACAAUAAUCCCCGGACAAAUAAUCGCAGACAAAAAAUCUCCACAAAUUAUCCCUGGAUAAAAAAUCCCCAGACAAAAAAUCCCCAGACAAAAAUCCCCGGACAAAAAAUCCCGGACAAAUAAUCCCCACAAGUUUUUUUGGACAAAAUAUUCCCACAAAAAAAUCCCGGACAAAAAAUCCCCAAGAAAUAUUUGCUGCCGAAUAGUUCUCUAAAAUUUUCCCGUGAAUGCAAUAGACUCACAUGUUUUUCAGCCUCAGUGCGUGAGAGCUGUAGCAAUCACCAUGAAACCGCUUUUCGGUACGAAAAUAAUAAUUAGCAAUUAAGAUUAAGCAUGAAUUUUAAUUUCGAUUACCAAAUUUCGAAUUUCAAUUCCAUGCCGAAAACUUCAAAUUUUACAUGACAAACGAGUGUAAGUUUUUUUCAAAAAUCGUGGAAGAUAUGGGGAAUGAGCUAAGGCUGUGGGAACCACGUUGUAAUUAUUCGCUUAAAUCUUUUACUCACUUUGUUUUGAAUAAAUAUGUUCAAAACUUGCCUAUUCGUGAUGAGAACUGCUGGUCCUGAAAACGAUCUGUAAUGCAAAAAACCUGUUACUUUUUGUUUUAACGUCAAAAAUAUUUAGUUAUUAUUAUCAUCAAUGGCGUUAUAACUCUUCGAGUGUCCUUGAGAGUGGUUUAUUGCCUUCCAUGUGUCGAUCCUGUGCCACUAUUUCCCAUUGUCUCACUUCUAUUUUCUCCAGAUCUUCUCUGACUGCAUAUUUCCACCUUUUUCUAGGCCGUCUUACAGAGUUUCUCCCAUCUGGCCUCUCCCCGAGCAGCUAUGUCUGGUUUGAUUUUUGGAUAAAUUUUUCGCAUGGAAUAUUCUAAGGCCAGCUUAAACAACAAUGGGGAUAACGGAUCUCCCUGUCUCAGUCCAUAAUUUAUGCAGAAAGCAUUUGAUAUUACCCCAUCUCUUCUAACUUGUGCAAAGAAGUUACUUACACACAUUUGCGUUACCGCAGUUAGUUUCUUGGGUACGCCCAGCUCGACCAUUGUAUUCCAUAGUGUAGGAUAAUUAAUUGAAUCAUAACCCUGUUUGAAAUCUAUAAAGAUCUGAUGCACGUCUUGAUUAUACUCCCAAUCCUUUCAAGCAUUUGUCUAUUAAUAGUAAAUAUUUGAUCAAAAAUCGAUCUUCCGGGCCUGAAAUCACACUGGUAAUAACCAACUAUUUCUUCGGCGUAUGGUAGUAAUCUUUUUAGUAAUACAUAACGAAAAAUAUUUAGUCAUCAGUUUCAAUUAUCGGCAUGCAAGAUUUCAGAAACCUGCUUCAAAAGCUUUCAAAAGCUAUGUCAAAAACCUGUGUUCUGCGUUUUCAUAGCAAAGCUAAACAUUCAUAAUAGCGCAAAAAUUUUUCAUGGAUGCACACAGAUAAUAGGCAAAGUUUUGAACUUAGUUAUUCAAGGCGGAGUGAGCAAAAGAUUUAAGUGAAUAAUUACAACAUGAUUCCCACAGCCUUAGCUCAUUCUCCAAAUCUUCCACCAUUUUUUGAAAAAACUCACACUCGUUUGUCAUGUAAAAUUUGAAGUUUUCUGCAUGUAAUUGGAAUUCGAAAUUUGGUAAUCGAAGUUACAAUAAUUCAUGCUUAAUCUUAAUUAUUAAUCAUUAUUGUCUUGCCAAAAAGAGGUUUCAUGGCCAUUGCUAUAACUCUUAGGCACUGAGGCUAAAAAACAUUUGAGUCGAUUGCGUUCAGGGGAAAACUUUUAGAGAACUAUUCGGUAGCAAAUAUUUGAUGGGGAUUCUUUGUGGGGAUUUCUGGCCCGGGGAUUAUUUGUCCGAGGAUUUUUUGUCUGGGGAUUUUUUGUCCAGGUAUAAUUUGUGGGGAUUUUUUGUCAGGAUUACUUGUCCGAACCCAGCCCAAGCCAACCCCCCUAGAGGAAAAUUCUGGGUGCGCCACUGGAGCACGAGCGGGCCGAGUGCUAUACAUCGCCUAAGUGCGCAAAAAGUACUUCACGCACAGUUUCAUACAAUAUUUUAUCUACCAAAAAACAAAUAAAAAAACUGCAACUUUUCGUCACUGGAAUACAUUCCUAUUUUACAAUUUUUUAGAACUUUGACAUUUAAAAAUUCAAACUUCUGUCAAACCACAAAACUGUCAAAACUUUUUUUGUAAUUUAUUGCUCACAUGUCAUCACCAUGACAAGGCGAAAGUUAAGGAUAUUUGAUUACAUGAAAUUGUGCUAAAAAACAGUGCGAAAAAGUAAAUCCCAUUUAAAAUACAUUAUUACUUCAGGCAUACUUUAAUCCCUUCAUGUACUGCUAUCUAUACAUAUUUACAAUUUUCACACAAUAAAAACUUAUACAUAAUAUGAUGUAGAGUAGAUAAGAAUUAUUUUUGUGAAUUUGGUUAACAAAAAUUGGUUAAACAAUUUUUCGACCGCGGUACCGCCUGACACUGUAUUUGUUAUAAGGAUGUAUUUGUCUGAGUCAGUUUGUGCAAAAAAAUCGAAUCAGAAUAAUUUACCUAACGGGGGUAAAGUUAAAGCCUGGACUAAUAAGUAGUUGAAACGGUCAAAGCAAAGAGACACAACUCAUCAAAAAUGCACGUGAGAUUAUACUCGUAUAAAUUAUAUAAUCUACUUUUACUAACAAGAGUUAGGAAGAGUGAACUUCAACUAGUAAAAGUUGAUUUAAAUUUUUCAAAUCAACUUUUACUGCUCGUUUCAGUUGGAGUUGACUCGAACUAGGAAAAGUCAACUCUAACUGAGAAUCAACUUGAACUGUAACAUAUACAAAGACAUAGGUACAUAGUACAUAAUUUUUUUUGUAAUUCCAUCUUCAAUUUACCCUGCACGUCUGACUAUCGAUAAAGUAGAGUUGUCACUAUUUUGGGUCGCUCCGGCAUUUUGGAUGUAUGAAAGUUGCGCGUGAAGUUAGGCGUGUUGAUGACAGUUGAUAUUUUGGGGUCGACCCCUUAAUUCGUGCAACUAUUUUCGCUUGGCAAUAACAACUUAAUGCUUUUCUGGCAAUAGUUGUGGAUCAAAAUUUGUAAAGAGAAUUAAAUCUCUUAUAUAAAAGAGGUAAAAACUAUUAUGAAAUUACUCAUUCCCAAAAUUAUUUAAAAGUGAAUUAACCAUCACGUAGUCUGCAGCAUUCCCUGCUGUACAUGGGCCUCUGAUUUGUCACCAGCGCUUCCGAUAUUAUGCCGUGUAAAUCCAAUUUGUUGUAACCCUCUUUAUAUAAUCCGACCACUGUGUCGGAGGUCUUUCCCUACCUCGAUAAGCCUGAAACUUAGGACACCAAUCGAGUAGGUAAUUAUUGUCAAAGGUAAAGGCAGUUUUUGUUUUUACUUGAUUCAGAGUUGGAUCACCAUCUCCAGAUAGCUAUUUCUGCAUCUAUGCGUCUUCAGUGGAGCUAUGCAGUCACAACUCUAAACCAAAUAUCAACACCCUAAUUAUUGUCAGUACUCAUGAAAUUUAUAAUUUCAAAACAGGUGUUCUAUCUCGAUGUAAAGAUUCACGGUCCCAAUUCUAAUUUCAACACAAGAACUUGAGCACCUCGUAUACGUUUUUAUUACUAUAUCUGAGUCAAUUACCAGAAACGGUGAAUUGUAAAAAAUGACUGAAACUUGAAAAAUUCAAUGUGUAGGUGUGCUAGCUGGCCUUUUUGUAUUACCUGAUUACCUGAUUACCUUUAAGUGUCUCCUUCUACGGACUCCAACCAAGAAACAUUAAUAUUAAUGUAUUACGAAAUAAUUAAAAUAAAUUACGGCAAAAGGUGACGAAAAAGGAAAUAUUUUUUAAAUAGAAGUAUUUUUUAAAUAUGUGUAUAUUUAAAUUAUUAUAUUAUUAUAUGUCGGGUAAAUUAUGUAGAUAUUAUUUUAUUUCAGAUAUUUUCAUUGAACUUGUUAAAUAUUAUGAUUAAUAAAAUAGAUUUUGUAACUACA